AUGGCAGUCGGCCGGCUGCUGCACUGGGGCCCCUUGGUGGCGAUCCUCAUCAUCAAGUGCGUCUCCCUGACGACGCUGUACUACCUCGUCCAGUGGUCGGUGCCCCUGUGGCGGUGGAGCUAUCUGCUCAACCUGUGCUUCUACUGCGGCCUCAUCGUCACCACCUUCUUCAACUUCUUCGCCGCCGUCUUCAACGGCCCGGGCCACGUGCCCAGAGGAUGGCGGCCGAAGAGGGCGGAGGACGAGCAGUACCUGCAGUACUGCCACACCUGUGAGGGCUUCAAGGCGCCUCGCAGCCACCACUGCUCCAAGUGCAAUCGAUGCUGCUUCAAGAUGGACCACCACUGUCCGUGGAUCAACAACUGCGUCGGCUUCGCCAACCAGCGGCACUUCUUCUACUUUCUCCUCUCCGCCGUCAUCGGUUCGGUGCACUCCUCCGCCCUGCUCUGCAUCUCCCUCUACAGGGCGCUCUACUACAUACCGACAAAAAUUCUGAUAAGGAAUAAGACAUCCAUUGAAGAAUGGAUUAUAGCCAAGGCGAACAUGAGAAAACGUGACAGUCCCUUCGUCUACCCGUACAACCUGGGCUUCUUCAAGAACAUCCGCCAAGUGCUCUUUGAUCCGGCGACGGAUGGCAUCUCCUGGCCAGUCAUCGAAGGAUGCGAUCAGUUCACACUAACAUAUGAACAAAUUCUACAGAAGCGUGAAAAACUAGAAAACUCUUCAUUGUGUCGAGUAGUGGAACCGUACAAUGGCCGCUUCUUUCCACUCUUCUCACAGGGCUGCCGAGUGUGCAUUACAUUUCCCAUCAACGACGAUCCCCGGAUGGCGCUGGAAGUGGGCGACGAGCCAGCUUCUAUUUCAGGUUAA